CAACUUCACCCUCUCUCUCCCCUUCUUAAAUGACUCGGGAGGUUCUCGCUCACGAGACAGCGCUUCUGCUCCGAGUCGCCCUUAAACAAACAGAAUGAUUCCUGACAUGGAUGGGCAGAUUCCCUCGGCGGCGCAGUAGCCUCCUUUCUAGGCAUCAUGCUCUCCGAACCCGACCCAGGAUACCCAAACGCGCUUUUUUACAUCCUCCGAACCGCACACCAACCCAUUCUCCCAACAACCAGACACUACCUGUCCGCCCCCGUCCCACGCCCGCCUGCCUCCUGGCCGACUGAUCCACGUCUAUGCCUACGGCCCGCCCUCGACCGUCUCCUCCCGUCUCUGCGCUGUCACCCGAGACCUGAUAACCACCAUCCAUCGUCCACGGCAACGACGUGGUCCCCUACCUCUCUCUCUCGGCCUUUUCCGCGACAUCCAAGCCGCCGCGCUCGCCAUCAAAUCCGACUUUGCCACCUCCACGGCGACGGAAAUCGCGCGACGCAUCCGGCAAGCAGUGUCCAACUGCGUCUCCCUCUUCGAGCCGGCCGGGGGCGGCUUGCCGCAGGGGCCCGACGACGGCGAAUGGCCGUUUGCCACGCUCAAGGUGCUCCGGGUUAACAUGAUGCACGACAAACUGGUGCCGCCGGGGGAGGUGUUUGUCGCGGCGAGUACGCCGCGCCC